UGCAUGCAAUAUGAAUCUCGGUUAACUUGUUUCCAAAAUACACAAACAAAUACAAGUACUUUUUAUAAGAGUAAACUUAGGUCAAUAGUAUCAAAUUAAAACAUUCUUGCAUAAAGGAAAUUAAUUUAGAAACAAAUGUAUAUAUAUAUACUAAUCACCUAGUCAAAACGUUAAAUGUUUAUAAUACUAAAAUCAUAGUCUUUUUUUUUGAGAGAUCAUAGUCUUAGAUAUAGCGCAUUGGUCUUAUAUAAAUAUUAUCCAACUAAACUUUGUAGCAUGAUAAUAAUAUAUUGAGAUUUCGGCCGGGUCGGGUACUAUCGGGUUCGAGAUUUUAAUUCCGCAACUCUACCCAUUAGGUGCGGGUUCGUACAUAUUUAACCCAUGAAUAUUUUCAAAAAUCAAAUACCCGAUUAAAAGUGAUCAGGUAGGAUUGGGUCGGGCGGGUUAUGCGGGUUCGGAUUAUUCUUGUGCAGUCCUAGUUUCUACACUGUGAUUUUGGUUCCUUGAGGAACUUCAAUGGUUUCUCUUGGGUGACUAUUAUUUAUGCUCUAUGUUUUCUCUUCACCUUGCUGAAUCAUCUCUGAAUCGACGAUCUCCAAGACCUGUUGCAGUUAGCCGACCUUGGUCCGAUGCAUAACUCUCUUGGCCGUUCGAAUCCACAGCUCUACACCGGUGGCGAUACUGGAUGUGGCCGACCAUAAUGCCGGAGAUGAUGUCAUGCCUAUCAGGAUGGAUGUCUUUUUGCUUAUAUGAAAUUGCACAAAACCUUUUGCAGCUAGACGCCAAUUUCAAAUCUGAAAAAAAUAGGAAGUCUAGAAUGGAUCAGCACUCACGUAUCAAAUACGUAUGCCACCUUUUGCACCCGGACGCCAAUGUCAACGGCAUGUGAGCUUUUCCACCUUUUGUAGUAUAAACUUCGUAUAUAAAUAGACAGACACUAAACCUCUGCUUUGUAAAUCGAAACUCGAUCAAUAUAAGCUUGUUAAGCUCCAUUCGUAUUCAUAUUUCAUACUCCGUACUAAUCUUUAAUUAUAGUGAGUGUAUACACGGAUACCCAAAUUAAGAAGAUGAAAGAAGCAUUGGAGCUAGUCUUCAUUCCGAUGAAUACUAUGGGUCACGUCACAUAGUAUCAGCUGUCGAAAUGGCAAAGCGCGUUAUGAACAAGCAAAACGGCUGCGGCGAGAAGGAGAAGGUUAAUGUUAUCAUCACCAUUCUCAUAUUGAAGCAACAGUCGUCUCUCGAUGCUCAAACCAGCAAUUACAUUCAAUCUCAAACAACGGCGGCCGCUGAUGAUGAUUACUCCCACCACCGGAGAUUGAAGUUUGAAACUCUCACACCGCCGUCCCAGGCUGCAGAAAAGGUGCCCAUCGACUCCUUCAUACCACAAGUCAGAGACUGGGUUUCCAAGACCCGUUCCUCGGGCGACCUCAGAAAACUCGUCUUUGUCGUUGACCUUUUGUGUACGGUCAUGAUCGAUGUGGCGAAUGAAUUAGGGAUACCCGCCUAUGUGUUCUUCCCCUCAGGUGCGGCGGCGCUGGGGCUUGUUUUCUUCCUCCAGAACAUCAAAGAUAGCAAUCUAAAUGACCCCUUCUUAAAUAUCCCUACUUAUGCAAACCCGUUUCCUGCACAGUGUCUGCCGCCUUCUGUUCUGAAUAAGAACUCCUUGGAGACUUUCCUCGGCAUCUCCGAACGGGUCAGAGGGGCGAAAGGGGUCCUGGUCAACACGUUUCCUGAGCUCGAAUCACGCGCGCUCAAGACCCUCAAUGACGAAUCAAGCUGUCCACCCAUCUACCCCAUCGGCCCGAUCCUAAAUCUGCAGCCACCGGAAGGCCCGGAAGCAGAGGAGGAGGAGGAAUCUCGCCGCCAGAUCAUGAAAUGGCUCGAGAGGCAGGAAGACGGCUCGGUUGUGUUCCUCUGCUUCGGAAGCAUGGCUCGUUUCACCGCUGACGAUGAGGAGCAGGUGAAGGAGAUCGCCGCCGGUUUAGAGCGUAGCGGGCAGAGGUUCCUGUGGGCCUUCCGGUCAGGGGGCGAUGAUGACCGGCGGGGAACUCUGCUCCUUCCCGAAGGAUUCUUGGAGAGGACGGGAGCGGCGGGAGUGGGGAUGGUCGUCAAUGGGUGCCAGACCGCCAUACUGGCCCACCGAGCCGUGGGAGGCUUCGUUUCGCACUGCGGGUGGAACUCGGCUCUGGAGAGCCUCUGGUUCGGAAAGCCGGUGGCGACUUGGCCGAUGCAGGCGGCGGAACAAGAGGCCAAUGCCUUCCAAUUAGUGAAGGAGAUAGGCGUGGGAGUAGAGAUUAAGCUGAGUUCCAACAAGGUUUCAGAUGUUGUGGGGCAGAGGAGAUUGGAAUGGGGAUCAAGGAGCUUAUGGAUCCUCUCAAUCCGGUACGGUUCAAGGCCAAGGAGUUGGGUGAAAAGAGCAGACUAGCACUUGCCGAGGGUGGCUCAUCCUCCACAUCCCUAGCCCGGUUUGUUGAAGAUGCCAUCACUGCCAAUUAAAGGAAUAAAGGGCUAGAUUUGCCACACUUUGGGUCGUGUUUUUGUGUACUAAAUAACAGUAAUUAUAACGGAGUAUCAUGUUUUGAUUAUAUCAAAAUUUAUGCGUGAUAAUAUUUUUUCAAAUUUGACAGGCUUGUUUUGGAAUUGUGUACUUCUAUUUUGGUAAUUUUCCUAGAUUAAUACUCCAGUUCAUCGGUUUUAAGACUUCAUCCAAAAGACCAAAAGUACACUUGGCAAAAAAACAUUACCGUAAAGAUGUGUCGUGCAUAACUUUCGAGAUGUACUAUUUACUGGAAUAUUCUUUAGUAAGAAAAAAUGUUCUGACUAUAGGAUUAAAUUUGUAAGUGGGUAAAGUUACUAGAUUAAAAGCGAGUACAGAAAAAAGUUGUUGGACUAGAUCUACCAUUUUCCUUUAAAAGAAUAAUACGGAGUAUAUUUUCUCAAUCUCAGCUUUCUUUCUACCAAAAGUUUUGAAUAAUA